AUGCAGCUACUGUGGGCAAUCCUCAUAGGUAGUGCUUUCGCUUCCUCCAUCCCGAAUUCUCAUCGACUCCGACUUCCUUUCGUUCCUCCUUCUGAUAACCUUGAAAAUGGCGUCAGAUCAAGACUCUCUAUCGAUUUAUCCAUUCAGAAUGGAAGCCUAUACGCCAAUGAACACCAACUAUAUCCUCCAUCAGGGAUAAUGCAGCUCAAUGCGCCCCUCUACGAGUACCCAGACCAAAUUAAUCCCAGUGAUAACACCGCGGAAUUAUCCUACACUCUUGAGACUCAACCGCUCCCCACAAACGACAUAGGACACAAGGCGGAUAUGAUCCGCGUCCGAAUCGAGUUAUUCGAUCUGCAAGGCAACCUGGUGUCACCGGACGCAGUCGCCGUCGACCUUCUCGCCUACCAAAGUGGAAAGUACGGCAUGACCCGCAUUCGUGUCGAACCAGCUAGCGGCAGCGAUCAGAAUGAUAAUACCCACCAGAGGAGCCAGUCAUGGGUGAUGAACUACUGGAGAACACAAUUCGGUUCCGUUUUCGAUAAGCCGAGGAUCAAGCCUAAGACCACGACGCCAACCCACGAUUCGGCCCCAGUUACGGAAUCUUCCACCCAAAACUGUGCUACCAAGGCUGUCAGUACUGGAACUGCAACCGAAUCUGGAUCUAAAACUCAUUUCUUCUCGUUCUGGGCUACUCCGGCUCACCUUCACCACGCUGAACACCGUCGGCCCCACCAAAAACACUCCUUUAUGCACAUCAUCCGUCCCAUCAUUCUUCCCGCUUUGUUGGGUACUGCCGUCGGGCUGUUGGCCUGUUUGGUUGGACUCUUCUUUGGAAGCCUGCUGAUGUCCCUGGCGGGGCGCCUUGGAUGGCAGAAGGUGCCAGGCCACAAAUCAAGGAUCAUCUCAGUGGAAGAAGGCGCAGUUUCUGAAAAGGUCUUCAUGAUGCCGCAUGUUUACGUGACAGACGUUUCCGAGUCGAAUGUAUGA